GAGGGAGAAAGAAGGGGAGGGAUGGAGAGGGAAAACAAGCUUUGAAUACAAAUGAGCUGACACACAUAAUGCAUGCCCUCCCUUCCUCUCUCUCUCUUGCUCUCGAUCACUGUCUCUCUCUCUCUCUCUCUCUCACACACACACACACACGCAUGCACUCUUACUCCCUCACACACAUGUUCUUGCACUCUCCCCCUCUCCUCCGUGUCUCCUCAUUGGACCGAGCGCUGCUCAGGAGGUAAUUUCAGCCACUUAAUUUAUUAGUCAUCGCUGGUUGUUGGAACAAGCUAAUUAAAAGGAGUGUGCGUGUAAAGUGUGUGUGUGUAUGUGUGGAAGAUUUUGGAGACGCUGCCGCCGUCUCUCACGCUUCACUGUGGACCAGGAAGGAGCAGGGCAGAGUAGAGGGAAGAGAGAAGAAGAGGAGGAAGAGAGGAGAGACAGACAGCCGGGUGGAAGGAGAUUUUCACACCACUUUACCAUCAUCUGAUCUGACAUGGCCACCGCAUAGGAAUCUGGUGCCACGGCAACCGUCAGCUCGGCGACGAGGAUAAGGAGACAGAGAGCUGGACAGAGGGACGCUCAGAGAAACAGAGAGAGGGAUGGCAAUGGAGGAGAAGCCGGGUGUGAAGAGCAGCAGCUCCAUCGUCCCCUGCUUCCUGUUUGUGGAGCUGGUGAUCAUGGCUGGGACGGUGCUGCUGGCUUACUACUUCGAGUACACGGACACCUUCCCCGUGCACAUCCAGGGCUUCUUCUGCUACGACAAGACCUUCUCUAAGCCCUACCCCGGUCCGGACGACACCAGCAAGAUCCCGCCCGUGCUCAUCUACUCGCUCGUCACAGCCAUCCCCACCCUCACGAUUCUUGUUGGAGAGCUGUGUGCCUUUUUCACCAAGGCAGAGGGAACCCAGGAGAAGACCAUAGUGACUGCAGACUGCUGCUACUUCAAUCCCCUGCUGAGACGUAUAAUACGCUUCCUAGGUGUCUAUGCCUUCGGCCUGUUCACCACCACCAUCUUCGCCAAUGCGGGCCAGGUGGUUACAGGAAACCAGACGCCUCACUUCCUGUCUGCCUGCCGCCCAAACUACACAGCGUUAGGCUGCCAGUCCACCAUGCAGUACAUCGCAGAGCGCCGCGCCUGCACAGGCAACCCGCUGAUCGUCAUGUCUGCGAGGAAGUCCUUCCCGUCCAAGGACGCAGCGCUCAGCGUCUACUCCGCAGUGUACACAGUGAUGUACGUGACACUGGUGUUCAAGACCAAAGGCACGCGGCUGACCAAGCCCACCAUCAGCCUCACGCUGCUCUGCCUGGCCAUGCUGGUAGGCGUGGUCAGGGUGGCUGAGUACCGCAACCACUGGGGGGACGUCCUGGCGGGAUUCUUCACCGGGGGAGCCAUCGCUGUGUUCCUGGUGACUUGUGUGAUUAACAACUUCCAGCAGAUGCUGCCGAGUCCUCCUCCACUGCGACCCCAGCGCCCUGAGUCCAUGCUGGGCAUGCCGAUGGUGACGCUGCCCUGUGUGGAGAGUCCACUCGAAAAGUUAAGUGGCCCUCAGCAUCCUGCACUCUCCUCCUCCUCCCCACCUUACAACACCUACGUCCAACCAUUCUAACCAACUUUAAAAUCUUUUUUGCCCGUCAUCGUCACUCCUCACUAUCUCCGUCAUCUGUUGCCUUAUUUCUGUUUUGGCUCUGUUGCCCCUGUUUCUCCUCCUCCUCCUCCUCCUCCUCCCCGCCCCUCAUCCCGUGCAUUGCUCUUGAUUAUUCUUUUCUUCACUUUUCUCUCUUCUCCUUCGCCUCCUCUCUGCCCCGUCCUCUCUCUUUCUCACUCCUCUCUUUCCCCUGCAGACUCCGCGGGGAUCUCCGUUCACCGAGAUCACAUGACCAUCAGCCCUAUCGGUUCCCCGCCACCCCCGAUGUCCUCAUACCGUCUCGCUCCAUUUCCAGCGAAGUCUAGACCAGCCGGAGCAGCACUCGCCGCACUGCGCCGCCCAUCCGGCUGGGCGGUACGCAACGCUGCACCGCUCCUAUUCCACACAGGUCUAGACCUUCCCUGAUAAAGCACACACAUAAACACACUUCCUGUUGCCCUCUCAACCCCCGGGGAACCGAUAGGUAAACUCUUCAAAGACUGAACAUUCAAUACAGAGUCAGGUUUCGUUUUUCAUUUUGAAUAUUCGACUUAAAGACGUUUUUUUUUUUUGUAUGAACUCGAUCAUCUUCAGUGGCGUGCUCUGUAUGGAAAAACACAUCGACCACUGAGAAUGUCCAUCGCUUUAACAACGGUAUGAACGAGUUUUCACCUGUUUGAAGGAGGCUAAACGUGACGGUGAACUCCCUGUACGACUCCCAGGAUGCAGCUUUGAUGUCUGCUGUCAGGAGGUUGCCAUGUUGGACCAAAGAAACCCGCUGAAGGACACGUGUGCUGCUGAGAUUUACCCGUAAAAACAUCCUUUUAGCAAGCCAUACGCACACACACACACACACACACUCUCCGCUGGUCUUUUUCUCACCCUCUCUCUUUAUCUCUUCUCAUUCACACACACACACACGCACGCACACACACACAGCAGUCUGACUAGCAGUGCCCUUGUCAGCUCCGCAUGAGGUUUACUCGGAUCAAAGAAUCCAUUUCAUAUCUCUCAGCAGAAGCACCAGACAAAAGCAAACAGGAUGAAAGUACAGACAUCUUCACUUGGCUAUCUUCGUCAUGUUUUCCUCUCUCAGAGGGUUGCAGCUUCGCCAAAAACUGAUGUGAAAUACAAACACAUUUGAUAAGACAAAGCCAAGCGCCCGACUGCAGGUGGCACAACAGUGAGCCAAAUAAAGUGCAUCACAUUCAGGAGCAAAUAUUUGUUCAGUUUUGUAUUCUUUUGAGACGAGGAGCCUUCAUACAAAACGCCUCCUGUGAUGCCAACAAACUUUUUUGUUUCUCGCUUUGUUUUUAUUUCAGGCGUCGCUCACCCUGAGGUGGAAUUCCUCUCUUUCCGAAUCUUGAAAAGAUUUGCUACAAACUGGCCAAGUCAUGUAAUUAUUGUGAUUAUUUUCUGAGAUUUUAUUAAUAGAUUUAUUUAUUGACAUGUAUAUACGGUGUGGUUGCCAUAAGCGCUCCAUGUGGCGUGACAGUUUUGCUGAUUUUUGAUUUGCACACUCCCUCAUGUUUUUUUAUUCUCCCUCCUCCUCCAGCAUCUUUUUACAACCUCUGUUUAGUUCUUCUCUGUGUUUUCUUGACUAUAAAAGCAUCACUGUGCUGUGAAAUGUUUCCCUCUGCUGGACGACACACACACACACACACACACACACACACACACACACACACACACGACUAAAGUCCUGUUUUACAGAGCACACAAAUAUCCAAACGUACUCAAAAGCACACACGCACAAUCACUUAUAUCCCCUAUAGAUGUUACUGUACGUCCUUUUACCCUCCAUCCACUUUCUAACACUGAACCUGUUUGUAUGAUAUUGUACAUAACUCUUUUUUGUAUUGAGAGUGUGAUUUUUACACAAGCAUCACCAACACUCAGCGUAGAUAUCGAGGGAAAUCUUGUCUGUAUAAUAGCGAUAGAGAACAGUGUGUAUGAAGGUGCUGAACCGCUCUGAACCAACACUGGAUCGGUUGGAAUACACCCAGAUAACUUUAAAUAAAACUACUGAAUUUGCCCUCUGGAUGAAGUUUAGACUGGGAGAGUUGUUUACUCAUAGUUUAUAAGUUACUGUGUGUUCAUAAGGUUAUGAACUCGAAGCCCUCUCUGUUUUGGAUCCUCAUGUUUGCAUAAAUAGUGUGUGUGAAUCACUUUUCCCUCAUUUGUUGUCAAAUCUUCAGAUCAUGGUCUUUUGUCAGCUCACAGUGAACAGAAAUACAACAUGUUAAAACUGCAUUAACACUACAUCCACACAUGUCUGUGUCACUCUGCAGUUACACCUUCAAAACACUAGUUGGCUGUGGGGUUUCUGUGAAGUGCUGUAAAGUUUAGUUGAUUCAAAACACACAUUAAACACACAUUAAACACACAUUAAACAUGGCUUAAUAGAGACAGUUUCAAACACAAGUACACAAAUCAGCUUCACUAUAACUCGCAGCAUUCACAGACAAACACUUGUCUUUAUCUGGACACAUUUUCCCCACAAAUACAACAUGCUAACGUUAUUAGCACAAGCCUAUGGCAUUUUACAUUGUAUAAAUUAGCCUAGCAGCUAGCGGACUUUUCCUCUACUCAUAUGAAGCCAGGGACAACAGCAACAUUUAACAAAGGUAACGUUACAAAAUUCAGCUCCAUUACAGCU